AUGGAUCUUCUCGCGCUAGGAGAGCAAAAGUACGCCGAGGAACAUCCAUUGCAUUACGCAGCUACAAAAGGUGAUGCUACUCUUUUCAGGCGUCUGUUGCAAAAGCCUGAACUCCGCGCCGAUACCGACGGCGACCCUGGUAGCGGACAUGACUGUCUACAAACUGCGAUUUUUAACGGCAACAAGGAGAUUGCCGAAGCUCUGGUUACCCUACCUCUUUCUGAGUUUGAUUGGACCCGUCAUCCCAUGGCAGCUCAUGGGGCCAUCAGCUACCUAGCCUCCGCUGCUACACUCGGCCGCUUUGACAUCUUCAAGAUCAUGGCCGACACAGGGAAUGUGGACAUUUUCGAAGGAGACUCCCUUGGCAAGACCCAGCUGCACCAUGUCAGCGACGUACCCAUUGGCCAGACGCCGUUCCAUCCUAUCGACGACGAGGGCGCUGUCAAGAUAGCCCGAUUCCUUCUGGAACAGGAAGCCAUACAGGUGGACUCUGAGGAUACCAAAGGGCAGACUCCUCUAUCAUUGGCUGCUCAACAUGGAAAGAGAGGCAUCGUUCAGGUUCUUCUUGAAGUCAGCAGGGACCCGGACUCUAAGGAUCAAGAUGGAAACAGUCCCUUCUAUUACGCCGUUCGCAACGGACAUGGCCCUAUCGCAGAGCUCUUGGCCAACACCGGCAAAGUCGACUGUGGCGUGAGGGCGAGGGCGGAGAGUGAUCGGCGCUCAGACCAGGAGCGAGGACCAACAUUUACGUGGCACGUUCUGUAA